AGAAGAAAAACAGAACUCUCCCGCGAUCAUUUCUCUACUUUCACUUAACUCAUCUUCUCUCUUUCCAGCGAUUAAAUUUUUACUCAGAAUAAGGAAAUUAAUAUUAAUGGAAGCAAUUUCGCCAGCUUACGGAUUACAAUUGGUGAAGAAAUGGUCCGGCUCUGAUUCAUUUUCCGGUUCGAUACUUUCGAGUAUGAGAUCUUCCGGCGGAAAAUUCAAGAUUAAUCGUAUUUAUGUUGGGAAAACAAAUUCUUCAGUUGAAUUAAGUGAUGAUCCUGGAUGGAAAACUAAAUUUCAAGAGGAUUUUGAAAAGAGAUUUUACAUUCCUCAUCUUUCUGAUUUCUAUGAUGAUGUUACUCCUAUUCCUUCUACUUUUUGCCUCAAAAGCAGGCGUCCUGUAAUCGAAGAUUUUGCAGAUGGAUAUCCAUCGGAUGAGAAGUGGAAUGGAUAUAUAAACAAUAACGAUAGAGUACUUCUUAAGGUGAUACACUAUUCUUCACCCACAUCCGCUGGGGCUGAGUGCAUUGAUGAUCCAGAUUGUUCUUGGGUAGAGAAAUGGGUUCACCGUGCCGGACCACGAGAGGAAAUAUACUUCAAACCAGAAGAAGUAGCUGCAGCAAUUGUAACUUGCGGAGGAUUAUGUCCUGGUUUAAAUGAUGUUAUAAGACAGAUAGUAAUUACUCUCGAAAUAUAUGGUGUAAAAAAGAUAGAAGGAAUCCGUUUUGGCUAUCAUGGUUUUUCUGACAAAGGAAUCCCAAAUAUUCUGCUAUCUAGAAAGGUGGUUGACAAUAUUCACCUUGCUGGGGGAAGUUUGUUAGGAGUUUCGCGUGAAGUUCCUAAUGUUGGUCAGAUCGUUGACAAUUUGCAGGAAAGAGGAAUCAACAUGCUUUUUGUAUUAGGAGGAAAUGGUCCACAUGCCGGGGCUGAUGCCAUACACAACGAGUGCCUUAAAAGACAGAUGAAAGUGGCGGUGGUUGGUGUGCCAAAAACCAUUGACAAUGACAUUCUAAUGAUGGACAAGACUUUUGGCUUUGAUACUGCUGUGGAGGCAGCACAACGAGCAAUAAAUUCUGCCUACAUUGAGGCCCGUAGUGCUUACCGUGGUAUUGGCCUGGUUAAGUUGAUGGGCCGAGACAGCGGAUUUAUAGCCAUGCAUGCUUCACUAUCCAGUGGGCAAGUUGAUAUCUGCUUGAUACCAGAGGUACCAUUUCAAUUACACGGUGAACAUGGCGUACUAACACAUUUAAAGUAUCUUCUUCAGAAGAAAGGAUCAGCUGUAAUAUGUGUAUCUGAGGGAGCUGGCAAAAAUUUGUUAGAGAACAAUAAUGUAACAGAUGCAUAUGGAAACUUUAUGUUUAAAGACAUUGGUGUGCAUAUUCAACAAGAGACUAAAAAGUUUUUUAAGGACGCUGGGGUGCCAGCUGAUAUGAAGUAUAUUGAUCCCACGUAUAUGAUACGUGCAUGUCGUGCAAAUGCUUCUGAUGGCAUUCUUUGCACUGUUCUAGGUCAAAAUGCUGUUCAUGGAGCGUUUGCAGGAUAUAGCGGUAUUACAGUUGGGAUAUGUAAUACCCACUAUGUAUACCUACCAAUUCCUGAAGUCAUUUCCUACCCUAAGCAAGUUGACCCCAAUAGUCGUAUGUGGCAUCGAUGCUUGACUUCCACUGGCCAGCCAGACUUCAUCUGAGCAUCACCAGUAUAGCACAUUCUUACCGCAUCUAUUUGUUACAGAAUUUCAUAUCAUAUUGCUAGGAUAUAUGUGCAUCAAAAGACUGCAAAAGCCAGCUACAGGACUCAGAAGGGUUGGGCCAGUAUAAAACCAAAGAUAAUCCAUGUAGAGGAAGAACAAUAUGAUGAAAGAAAGCAUUUUAUGACUACAAAAGAACCUUAAAGUCUUGUUGUCCAUUUGAAUGACGACUCAUGACACAACAUUUUAAGUUCUGUGAUUGUACACAGUGGUGAGUUAACCCAACACAUCCUAUAGUUACACUUUUUUUUUCUCUUUUUUUUUAAACAUGUACACAUUAAAAAAAAAAAAAAAAAACUAGAAGGAAGGUAGACGGGGGUAAGUACUACCCAUAGAAUCUGCAAGUAUAAUUUGAUUUAUAAAAGGAGGCGCAAAGCGUUCCCAAAUGGUUCAUA